UGUGGGUGCCGCGCGCCUGUGCUCUACAGCUUCGUUUUGAAGGAAGAGGGAAGCGGUAGCAGGUCGACAUCGAGUGCCAGAUUUUCAUCAUUUCCAAUGAAUUAUCAUUACAUUCCUUCGUCUGCCAGCUGACAAACUGCACAGCGUAUUUUUGGAAAGCAAACAGGAUUUUAUUCGCAAGCAGCGCUUGUCGGAGUCGCACAUAACACACUGGCUGUUUAUCGCACUGGGUCAUGGCGCAGACAAACAAUUAUGGGCAAAGCAGCAACGGGGUGGCGGACGAAUCCCCCAACAUGCUGGUUUACAGAAAGAUGGAAGAUAUCAUAGCCCGUAUGCAAGAUGAAAAGAAUGGAAUCCCUAUUCGCACAGUGAAAAGUUUUUUAUCCAAGAUUCCAAGUGUUUUUUCAGGUUCUGAUAUUGUGCAGUGGAUGAUCAAAAACCUAGACAUCGAAGAUCAAGUUGAGGCCCUUCAUCUCGGCACCCUGAUGGCAGCUCACGGCUACUUCUUUCCUAUCUCAGACCACGUGCUGACGCUGAAGGAUGACGGCACCUUCUACAGGUUUCAGACUCCAUAUUUCUGGCCUUCAAACUGUUGGGAACCAGAAAAUACUGACUAUGCGGUUUACCUCUGCAAAAGAACAAUGCAAAACAAAGCCCGGCUGGAGCUCGCCGACUACGAGGCUGAGAGCCUAGCAAGGCUACAGAGAGCAUUCGCUCGGAAAUGGGAGUUUAUAUUUAUGCAAGCGGAAGCACAGGCAAAAGUUGACAAGAAAAGAGACAAAAUCGAAAGAAAAAUACUUGACAGUCAAGAAAGAGCCUUUUGGGACGUACACAGACCAGUGCCCGGCUGCGUGAACACAACGGAAGCCGAUAUCAAAAAAUCCUCCAGAAUGAAGCAGCCCCACAAAACAAGAAAGUCUGUCUACGGGCUUCAGAACGACAUCAGGAGUCACAGCCCCACUCACACCCCUGCCCCCGAGGCCCGGCAGCCCACGGAGGAGGAGCUACACGACAAGAUACAGUUUUGGCAGGUGCAGUUGGAUAGGCAUCGAUUGAAAAUGUCAAAGGUUGCGGAGAGUUUGUUAAGCUACACUGAGCAGUACAUCGAAUACGACCCCUUUCUCACGUCACCCGAUCCCUCAAACCCCUGGAUCUCAGAUGACACGACGGUGUGGGAGAUGGAGGCCAGCAAAGAGCCGGGGCAGCAGAGAGUGAAGAGAUGGGCCUUCGGCAUCAACGAGGUGUUGAAAGACCAGGUGGGCAGGGAGCAGUUCCUCAAGUUCCUGGAGUCGGAGUUCAGCUCAGAAAACCUGAGGUUCUGGCUGGCUGUUCAGGAGCUGAAGAAGAGGCCCAUUCGUGAGGUGCCAACCCGGGUUCAGGAGAUCUGGCUGGAGUUCCUGGCCCCUGGGGCCCCCAGUGCCAUCAACGUCGACUCAAAAAGCUACGACAAAACCACACAGAACGUGAAGGACCCUGGACGCUACGCCUUUGAGGAUGCACAGGAGCACAUUUACAAGCUGAUGAAAAGCGAUUCCUACAGCCGUUUCAUCCGUUCCAGUGCCUACCAGGAGCUGCUACAGGCCAAGAAAAAGUUGGAAAACGCUCAAGAUUGCAGAACUUCAUUUGAGAAAUUCACUCAUAAUGUGAAAAGUAAGAACUUAUUUUGAAGGAUAUUGCUUCCAGGGGAAAUCACAUACUUUGAAGAGGCUAGCAAGUCUUGUGCAAUCAUGCUAAAAUGCAGUAACUUUUUAGCUUGGAAGAGGACCAUGUCAUUUCUACGAUAUUGUAGUCUACUGUUUGCCCAGAGGAACCACUUGACAGUAGACCAGAUGUUGCAUGUCCAAGAAACGGAGGUUUUUAUUAUUAUUUUUUAUUUUUUUAUUUUUUCCUCCUCAGUGUGAAAAGGCAUUUUGGACUUUUAAGAGACGUUAAACCCACAAAUAAAUGCCUUCAGAAAAGUAAUUUGUCCGGUCACUUCCUUAGUUACUUAUCAGUUGGAUCUAUACGUGUCCAUCGCAACGUAAGCUGAAGAAAAAACAAAAAACAAAAAAACAAAACAACAGAAAUGCUUCUGCAUAGGGAUGUUAUAUCACUGAUUUACCACAAUAACAGAAUACAGAGUAUGCAUUUGUUAUAAAGUUUAAUUUGCAUUUUUAUUGCACUACGAAAAUUAGCACAGUUUUCAUUGCUGUUGUAAAACCACAUUCUAAAACUGAAAAGCUGUGUGUUUGUCCGAUGUAGUCUGUAAUUCUUUGUUACUGUUCCCUGCAUUUAUUUUUAUACCAUAUUUAAAGACACAUUUUACUUAAAAUGUAUUAAAGUUGGCCCUUUAUCUGUUUAUAUGUGUUUUUUAUAUCUUUUUUUCUGAACAGUUCUUUGAAGCUCCAUAUUGUAUAUGUACUGCUCCUUUUUAUUCUCUUUCAAAGGGGAAGAUAAACCAGUUAAGGGGCUUUGCUACCAAAUUCACUAGUGGAGAAUUCAUUAAGCUAAUAAUUGACAAUUUUAUUAUUAUUAUUAUUAUUAUUAUUAUUAUUAUUAUUAUUAUUACAGAGCCAAUAGGGAAAUUUGGGGGAUUCAGUUUGACUGGUUAGGGCAGGGUCUGAUAUGCAAAUUUGCCAUGCAGAUUUGGUUCAUAUUGAUCUCCCUUUGCAAACUGAUGUGAAUCAUAAAUCAAAUCAAAUGUUUCAGCCAAAUCAAAAAAGACUUAAUUCUGAAAAAACUUAUGUGCCAUUUGUCACUCCAUUAGCUGAAAGUUCACCAUUUCCUUUUAUACCAAGAAGGAAACUUCAUUUUCACUCAGUGUUCUCGUGAAUGAUGGAAGGGGUUUGAUUUUGGGUUUAAGAUUAUUUUGUCUUUUUGAAACAUAGCAAAGGCCCAAAGAAAGCUGUAUUGUCAAUUGUAUCGCCAUUACAUUGUUAUUCACCACUUGUUAAUCCGUUACGGUUGUUAUGGUUACCACAACUAUGUGAUUCUGUAAAUAUGUAUUCAAAAUAAUAAAAAAAAAACAUCCAGAAAUGGUAAUGCAAAUGUGA